AUGGCAGCCCCGGGGCCCACGGGGCCGCCCGCGCGCGUAGCGCCGGCGGCGUCGCCGGCCGCGCCCCAGGAGUCGGGCGCGGGCGACGCUGGCGAUGGCGCCCCCUCGAGCAGGGAGAGCGCGAGCGUCGCCCCAUCUACCACGUCGACCGGCACGGCCGAUGUGGGCGGCGGCGAGGACGACCGCCGCAGCAGCGGUAGCGGCGGCAGCGGCAGCGACAGCAGCGGCAGCGACAGCAGCGGCGAUGACGGCGGCAGCGACAGCAGCAGUAGCAGCUACAGCGAGAGUGAUCUCCCGGCGCUCCGUGGGCCAGAGGACCGGCGGCUUGCCCGCUUCGACAAGCCGGCGGAUUUCACCAGCCGCCGCAUUAGGGAGAACCCUCGCCGAAACCCGAAGUACGAGUCGCCCCCGUCGCCGACAAGUGCCGAAGCCCUGCUCGCCUCGGUGGCGAGCCUGCCCGUCAGCAGCACGGAGGAGUUCACCCGCUGGAUGCUCUCGGGGGUGCUUCACGUGGCGGAAGGGCUAGAGGCAAGCGUGGCCAUGAGGGAAGAGUUAGAAGGGCACUUGGGCACGGGGACAUUUUCAUUCGUAGACGACGCGCCAGAGGGGCGCAGGCCUGUGAGCCCUAAGUGGUGUUUUAGUUGGAAGACCAACAAUGAAGGGAAGAUACACAAGUUCAAAGCGCGUCUGGUUGCUAGGGGGUUUUCGAAAAUCCCGAACGUCGAUUAUUUCCAUUCGUCUUCCCCUUGCCCCUCAUCCGCAUCCAUUAAACUUAUGCUUGCGGUAGCAAACGAGAAGGGCAUGAACCUCAAUCACUGGGAUGUGAAGCAGGCGUAUACACACGCUACGCUAGACGAGGAGAUUUUUCUGAGGCUUCCCGCUGGGUGCGGGGACAAAUCGCAUAAGAUUGGUAAGGCUGAGCGUGCGAUUUAUGGUCUGAAGCAGAGCGGUAGGCAGUGGGGGUACCACGCUGCUGAUACGCUAGUCGAGAACGGGUUCGAGCAGUGCAAGGCGGACCCGUGUGUUUUCCGCAAGAUGGUAGACGAAGUCGUGGUGAUGAUUAUCGUGAUUUAUGUGGAUGACAUGUUGGUGGCUGAGUCGGACGAGGAUUGCGAGGAGUUGCUUGCGUCUCUCAAAAAGAAGUUCCCCACCAAAAAUCUGGGAGAAUGCGAAUGGUUUCACAGGUGUGCCAUCGAGAGAGAUGUAGAGGCUGGGACUCUUAAAAUCUCGCAAACCACGUACAUCGACAACAUGGUGAAACGCUUUGAUGUACAAUCGACCUCCCGCAUCCCUGCUUCCCCUGGUGUCGACCUAGGGCCGAAGCGAGAUGACGAGAAGGGAGGGGAGUGGCCGGUGANGGCACUGGGAUGCCAUACAGAAGAUCCUCGGCUACCUGAAAGGGACGAGGGACCUCGGCAUCACCUACCAACGGGGAUCGGGGUUAGGGCUUGCCGUAGCAUCGUGUCUCUGUCUUCGACGGAAGCCGAGUGCAUUGCUGCCGGGGAGGGCGUCAAGGAGGCGUUGUUUGUGCGUGCUGUGCUUUCGUUUGUUGCCCCAGAGACCAGUGGUAGCAGCAUCCAGGUCCUUGAGGACAAGCAGGGGGCCAUAGCGUUGGUGCAGAACCCCCUCAGCCCAGGUCGCACGAAACACAUCGACGUGAGAUUUCAUUUCAUCCGCGGAUUGUUCAGGUCGGGGGAUAUUUCGGUCAAGUUCGUUCCGACAACGGAGCAACACACGGACCUCGUAACCAAGGCCCUUAGCAGGGCCAGUCUGCAGUACCACCGGCGCACGUUGAUGAAUUUGCCGGAGUAGCUGUAACAGUUUCUAGCACUUGGCAGAGGCCAUGUUUUCCAUGCGGGGAAAGGCGCAUAAUUGUUGCGGUCUGUGUACCAAUGGCAGGAGUAGGGGGCGUUGGGAGACCAUCGUCCGGGGGAACGUAGUUUCUCGCGUUCUUGUCUUCGCCUUGGCCUUUCUAAAAAGUGCGGCCGUUGUGAUCCGCUGUGAUAGAGACGGUUUUUGUGGUGGUAGGGUUUUUUUCGAGGGGUUUUUCCCGGAC